CGUUAAUUAGCUGGAAAUCGUUUAGUGGUUCAUUGUUCCCUGUUCGAAGAUGAAGGUUUUCGGUUUGGCUUUAUUGUGCUUUGCAGCUGCAGUGCAGGCUCGCAGCUAUGGCGUAGCAUCGCUGUCUUCUCCUGCCCAAUCCGGAGAGAACCCUUGGCUCGUACACUUGCGUCUUGCCACCUCCACUGGUGCCGGCCUACUCAGAUCAUGCGUCGGCUCCAUCAUCAACCAAUCCUGGGUCAUCACUUCUGCUAGAUGCGUUCAGGACAAUCGUUUCAUCUGGAUUCGUUAUGGCGCUCUCAACGUUGUCCAUCCCGAGCUGGUGACUGAAGCUGGUGUAGCAGCCGUCCGUGCCCAUCCCAGCGCCGAUAUUGCCCUCAUCGACCUCGGCAGGAUUUUGGAAAACACUGACAACAUCGCCCCCGUUACUCUUGCUAACGAGGAUACUGCGCUGCCCGCCUCUGGCAAGGUCUGCGGCUGGGGUGCCAGCGAAAGUGGUGCUCCCGGUGAAGUACUGAACUGCUUCGAAGGUUCUGUCGAAGAACAGGACGGUAACAUCGUUGUCGUCAGCGAAGAUGGACAAGCUAGUCAGUUUGACUUGGGCGGUCCCCUCGUGAGCGAGGGCGUACAGUACGGAGUUCUCUCUUCCGUUUCUGAAGGUCAAGCUGUGUACGUGAACGUUGCUCAGUACAGCGACUGGAUCUCACAGAUCACUGGAUAAAUUGAACGCUAUUGUGAUAGCUAACAGAUCAAGAAGUGUGUAUUGUGUUAUAUUAAUUUGUAAAUGAAAUAAAACUUCAUCUUCAA